AUGGCAGAAGUAAUCGGCGUCACCUCGGGCCUGAUCACUUUAGUGGGAUUCUCCUUCAAAGCCAGCGAGUCGCUGCUCGAAGCGAUACGAAGCUUCCGCACCCAGCAAGAUGCUGUUCGCCAGCUCGGAGAGGAGCUCGAGGCCUUUCGCGGGGUCCUGGCAUCGUUGCGGGACGCCCUGAGCGACUCGAAGAUCGAUCUACCUGCGCUCGAGCUGCCGAUUCUUCGAUGCGGGAAGGCGUGUCAGGAAUUCGAGGAGCUUGUUACGAAAUGCGUGGCGGCGAGUAAAGGGUCACGGAUGGGCAUCAGAAGCUGGAUGAAGCUGCGAUAUCUCGGCGGAGAUAUCGACAAUUUCAGGCGGAUGCUAGCUGGGUACAAAGCUACCAUCUCUAUUGCCCUUGGAGAAGCUACCCUACGCAGCGCGACGACCGUUUCAAGACACGUUGUCACCGAGUACAAGGACCUGAUAGAGGCCACGACCGAAAACUUGGAGGUCCACCUCGAGGACAUCGAUGACCGACUGCAAAUGCUUUCGGCGAACCCCACGGCAACCUCCGAAGACGAUGUCGAACUGCAGCAGGCGCAAGAGGAACGCGAAAGCACCAAACGCUGCCUCGAAAUCUGCGUAACCGUUUUCGCGCAGCUCGAAAAGAUUCAGCUUCAGAUCCCGCGCGGUAGCGACUCUAGCAGCGGCUCCUCCUCCCACGGUGGUGGUGGUGUGAGCGCCAGGGCCGGAGAAAUCACAUUGACCGCCCUGGAAAGGUGCAGAAAUACAAUGGUCGAGGCAAAAGUCCAACUGGAGAACCACUUCAACUUCCUCAGCAACCAGCUGCAAAGUCUGGCAUCGCAGGAGCGAGAUAAAUCCGAGGAGAUCGAGUUCCAGAGAGCUCAGGACGAGAUGGCGAGCAUAAAGCAAUGCUUGACGAUAUGUGCUCGGGCAGCCGAAGAGGCGGCUAAGCACCGCGUCAAUACCGUCGAGGACGUAUCUGCAGCGGAGGAUAGCCACCAAGUCGUCGUUGCGACCUUGGGAGAUUUGAUUUCCAUGAGAAAGGUCAAGGCGGGAGUCCGGGCGGAACAGUGGCUGGGGCAGAUGUCAGAUAAGUCACUUCAGCGACUCUCUGCCGACCGGCCUUCAUCGGCGGCGAGUAGCGCGAGGAUGACAGACGAGCCCCAUGAGAGCUCCGCCACGGAUAUCAAGUUCGUUGGCCGCUACGGAACCGGACGGCCCCUGGCGACACCCAAGCGGCCCGACGCGUAG